CACAAGCUUUUUUUGCCCAGCCGACGAGAACUCACAAAGGUCUGCGCUUGACGGUGUCUACCUGCUACAGGCGACGACAGAGUGGGCGAAAAGUUAAGACCCUGGCAAGAGCUUCUUACCGACAUUCAUGGCAGCAGCUCCCGUGAUCCUGACGCCGGCCACAGCAUUUUCCUACAGGGACUGAUCGCAGUCUCGCAGAGGAGCGCGGAUUUAUCAGUACAGCGAGACGAGCGCCAAGUGUGACGGACAACUUACCGACACGAGGAGGAGGAUUUGCAUCGACAUAGCAGCCUCGUGAGUCUCAGCUUGCGACUUGUGCAGGAGCAAUUGGCGGUCUUGGUGGUCGAUAGCGAUGGCGAGACUUGCAUCAAUCGAUCCUGAACUUGUUCUCCGCUUUCAGAUCCCCGACUCAUUCUGGGAGUACACGGAGAAAGAUGUCGCUCUGUAUGCUCUGGGAGUGGGAGCUCCGGGUCCUGAUCCGGUCGACCCUGUGGAGCUUCCGUUCGUCUACAAUCCGAAAGGGUUGGAGCACCUCAAGGUGUUGCCGUCCUUCGCCGUGAUUAUUCCAGGCUCCAUGAUGGAGACUUUGGCUUCCAUAGAUGGAUUGCAUUACGAUGAGACAUUGCUUCUCCACGGAGAGCAGUACAUGGAGAUUUACAAGGCGAUCCCGACUUCCUGCAAAGGCCGAAGCACGAAGAGAAUUUCAGGCCUGCACGACAAAAAGAAAGCAGCCAUCGUCGAGGUGGAAGUGAUGAACUACAAUGACAGAACCGGGGAUCUUCUGAGUCUCUGCAGGUACACCAUUUUCCUGCGAGGUGCGGGAGGCUUCUCUCCAUCUGCCAAACCCUUCUCGUACUCGAAGAGAACCAUGAAUCUGAAGAACGCAGGCCGCCCGCCACCGAAAUCGGCACCCGCCGAUGUCGCCCCGUCGUUUGUCGUCGAGGACCAGAGCCAAACCUCGCAGGCGCUGCUCUACAGGCUGUCUGGGGAUGCAAACCCUAUACACACAGAUCCCAAGGUUGCUGCUCAAGCAGGGUUCGAGCGGCCAAUCAUGAUGGGAUUGUGCACUUACGGGUACGCUGUUCGGGCUAUCAUCCGAAGCUGCUGCCAUGGAGACCCCAGCAUGAUGCAGAGCUUCCAGGGCCGGUUUCUUUCUCAUGUUUACCCCGGAGAAAAAUUGACGACGGAAAUUUGGCUCGAUGCAUCUCGUGCCAAUGUGACGUAUGUAUGCAAGGCCGGUGGUCGCAAAGUUCUGGCUGGAAUUUCUACUCUGGCUACGUCGUUGAGUCGAUUGUAGAUUCUUGUUGAUUAUCUUCAGAUGGUCGAGCUGCUGCAGUUUGCUUCUGAUGUGAUUUGAGCUUCGACGUGCUUUUAGGUUGACUGUGUCAGGGUCAGAACUCCAACUGUAUAUAAAUGCGUCAAUUGUACAACUUCUACGAUAAGAAAGCGUUGUUGAGGUACAACUCUGGUGUCAAGGGUGUGAUUUCGAGGCUGAUUUCUGUAGGCGUGAUUAAUUUUACUCGGCAAAUAGAGAAAGAGUCAGUUUAGACAUUUGAAAUCGGUUCCGAAUCUUUAUCCUAAGAUGACUGAUCGGACACGAUUUGCAAAUGAAUACCUUCGCAUUUGAUAAGCUAGCAAAUUUCAGUAAAUUGUGUCAGUUUCCUGAUC